CAUGGCUUUAGUAUUCUAUCUUUUUUCAUAUCAACUAUCCAUUGGUCCAUUGUGAAAUCAAAUACUUCCCCUUCAUUUCCUCAUAGCCACUCCUCUUUCUCUCUUUCUUCCACCAUCUCUAUCUUUGACUUUUUGUUAACAGUAAAAAUGGCAGAAGCUUUAAUCACUAUUGCUGCUGAAGGGUUACUGAAAAAGGUGUUGUCUAUAGCUGCCAAUGAAAUCGUCAUUGCUUGGGGUUACGAAGAAAAGUUAACUACCCUUCACGAACUGUUGGACCUGAUCCGCGCCAAGUUGCGCGAUGCGGAAAGACAAAAGGGUACAGAGGCUGUGAUGGUGUGGCUUAAACAGCUAAAAGAUGUCGUCAGUGAAGCUGAUGAUAUCUUGGAUGAAGUUCAUUAUGAAAUGUUGAGGCGUGAGGUAAAGAAACGAGAUUGGAUAGCAAGAAAGGUACCCCAUCUUCCGAGCUUGAAAAAGUUGUCAUUUCGUAGAGAAAUGAGUCAUAAAAUAGAAAACGUUAGCAAAAAGUUGUUUGAGAUCAAUAAACGAGCAAACGAUUUAAGACUAGAAAAUGAACAGUCUAUCCCUGUUAGCAAUAGUCUUUGUCGAGAGACUGAUCCAUACUUAGAUGAAUUCAAAAUUAUUGGGAGGGGGAAUGAUGAACUACAUAUUAUUCAACUUCUAACCCACUCAAGAAAAGAUGAAAACCUCAAGAUUGUUCCGAUUGUGGGAAUGGGCGGGAUUGGGAAGACCACUUUGGCUAAGUCGAUCUACAAUAAUCCAAAAAUCGAGCAACAUUUUGAUGUUAGAGCUUGGUUAUGUGUGUCGGUUAAGAUUGAGGUCAACACACUUCUUGCUAAUAUUUAUGAAGCUCUUGCCGGAAAGGAAUGUGAGUCACGAACUAGGGUUAAUAUAAUUAAAGAUCUACAAAAGGAGUUGGGAUCAAAAACUUAUUUGCUAGUAUUGGAUGACGUUUGGGAUGAAGAGAGGGCACAUUGGGAUGAUUUCCGAACUUGCAUGCUAAAAGUAAAUUCACAAAAUGGAAGUGGCAUUCUUGUAACUACACGGAAUCUUGAAAUCGGAACAUUGGCUAUGAGUGAGGAGUUCCGUGCUUUACAAGGUCUCUCUGAUGAUCAAUGUUGGUCCAUCUUUAAAGAAAUAGCGUUUGCGGCUGAUCAACCAUCGUUGCAUGAAUUGGAGGAGAUAGGCCGUGAUAUUGUGAAAAAGUGUCGUGGUUUGCCUUUGUUGGUAAAUGUAAUUGGAGGCAUGUUGCGUAAUUACAAUGACAAAGAAAAGUGGUUAUCCAUCCGAGAUAGCAAGGUUUGGGAUCUUGAAGGAGAAGGGGAUAGAGUGCAAAACAGCUUGAAACUAAGCUUUGACAAUCUACCAAAUUCUAUUGUCAAACAAUGCUUUGCAUAUUGUUCCAUCUUUCAAAAGGGCUCGAUCAUGAAAGGCGAAGAAUUGGUCCAACUUUGGAUGGCUUUAGGGUUUGUUCAAGGGGAUGAGGCAAGAAACAAGGAUAUGGAGGAUGUAGGAAAUGAUAUUGUCGAAAUUUUAGUUAGCAAUUUGUUGUUGCAAGAUGUUACAAGGGAUGAGUAUGGUUACGUGGCUGCUUGUAGUAUGCAUGAUUUGUUGCAUGAUCUUUCCUCGUCACUUGUUAGACAUGAAAGCUUACGACUAGUGCAUCCGACACAUGAUGACAUUGUGCGUAUUCCUCAGGUUAAACAUCUCUCAGUUUACCGACAUUGGAAGGACGAUGUUCGAAUCAACAUCUCUCUUAAAAAGAUGAGCUCUGUGGUCUUCAAAGAUGAGAUGAAAGCUAGAAGUUUGCAUACAUUGUUUUUCGAGGGUGAAGUUGAGAAUAACAUUUCAUUUCAACAUUUCAAGUACUUGCGUAUCCUCAAACUCGAUAGAUGCAGACUAUGUAUCUUGGACGAAUCAAUUGGAGAAUUGACGCAUCUAAAAUAUCUUGAUUUGUCUAAUACCGAAGUCGGUUCUCUUCCAAAGUCUAUUGGUAAACUUUACCAUUUGCAAACUCUGAAGUUAUGUGGUUGUAGAUCUUUUAAGGUAAAUCAUUUAAGAAGGCUUCCCAUAGAAUUCAGAAAUUUGAUAAGCCUGCGACACUUUGAGUUCCCAGAAACCGUUCCAAUCAAUAAUGUGGGACAAUUGACUUCCCUUCGAACAUUGCCUUCCUUUCACGUUCUUGGAAAGAAAGGACAUCAAAUUGAAGAGCUAGGCCCUUUGAAACAUCUUGGUAGAAAGCUCCGGAUAUUGAAUCUAGAAAAAGUUAAAAGCAAAAAAGAAGCCACCAAGGCAGAUUUAUUUGGAAAGAAAAACUUAUCAAAGAUUGAAUUUUGUUGGAAUAAUAAAGAUGAAGUUGCCAACCGAAAUGACAAAGAUGUAUUGGAAGGCUUGCAACCCCCUGAAAAUUUGAAAAGCUUGACAAUCUACAACUUUUCCGGUGAUAGUUUUCCACAAUGGGUUUCCACCAUGACAAUCAGUAUUGAAGGGAAAUGGACACCCCUUCACAAGCUGGUGGAAAUCAAACUGAUUAGAUGUCACAACUGCCCUCUUCUUCCAAUGCUUAAGAACCUACCACUUCUACGGGAUCUUGUGUUAAGAAAUAUGGACAACUUGACAUGCUUAAGCAGCUUUUCAGUCAAAGAGGGCGAAAAACUUACUGGAAGCAGAUCAAUUAAGCCUCUGUCUCCAUCGUUGAGAUCGCUCCAACUCAUAGGUAUGGAAAGACUGGAAAAGUGGAUGGAUGCAGCAACGAACAGCUCAACACUGUUAUCACCUGUCCUCGAAAAGUUGUACAUUUAUAACUGCCCAAAGAUCGUUCUCUUAGAUGAAUGUCAUCCACAUCCUCUAGUUUCCUUAAAAAUAAAGAAUUGCAAAAAUCUCGAGUCCAUUAAGAGCAUAGAAGGCCUCACAUCUCUUGAAUCAUUAUCAAUCGAUGGUUGCCACAGCCUCAUGGGAUUACCCGAUUUUCAUAACCAGGGUCAUUCUUUGAAGAGACUGAGUGUUACCGAAUGCAACAAACUGACUUCCUUGCCUCCCAAAAUGUUCGAAUGUUUUUCAAUCUUAAGCAGGUUGAAACUUGGUCCAUUCUCCAAGGAGCUUCAUUCUUUCCCAAGUCUCCAAGGUAUCAAGAAGUUGAGGAACCACCUUCACUCGUUGGAAUUGAACGGUUGGGAUCAUUUGGAGUCGAUACCAGAAAAAAUAGAACACCUCACUUCACUCGCUCGGUUGACUAUACAGGGAUUUGGAAUGCGAGAAUUGCCUAUAUGGUUAACCAAUAUGUCAUCUAUCCGAUAUAUAGCAUUCAAUGAUUGCAAGAGGCUAGACAAAGAAACAAUUAAGCGAGGAGCACCAAGGGAUGCAGAUAAUGUCUUAAUAGAUGGAUGUAGAAGUGUAUAGCUAGAGAUGUUAGUCAGUUAAUUGGUUAGACGUUUUGGUGUAACAAUCGCUGCUACAAGAUACUUCCUCUUUCACUCAUCACUUUAAUCAUUGUUUAUGUUUAUAGGACAUAAAGUUUCUGAUUAUUUCCAAUUAAAUUUUUUUGUUUCAUCAUUUUAAUUUAUUAAUCUGUGUAUAUCGAGAUUUCGUAAAUAUGGUUUUA